AUGGGGCAGCUGGAGGCUUCGGUUCGGGGACCUGUUAUAGUAGAGGAUACCUGCUUGUGCUUCAAUGCCCUGGGGGGGCUUCCAGGACCCUACAUAAAAUGGUUCCUGGAAAAACUCAAACCAGAAGGCCUGUACAAGCUGCUGGCUGGGUUUGAAGACAAAUCUGCCUACGCUCUCUGUACCUUUGCAUUCAGUACUGGAAACCCGGAGGAGCCAGUGAAGCUCUUCAAAGGCCAGACUCAUGGGCUGAUAGUGGAGCCCAGAGGCCCUCGGGAUUUUGGCUGGGAUCCCUGCUUCCAGCCCGACGGCUACAACCAGACCUAUGCCGAACUGCCCAAGGCAGUGAAGAACUCGAUCUCCCACCGCUACAGAGCGCUGAGCGAGCUCUCCGCCUUCUUUCGCCAAAGCAACUCGACAGAGCCCGGCUCGGGUCCCAGCUAGCCUCCCCGGGCCGCC